UGUGCGCUGGUGUCGCGCGAGCCGAGCCAGCACGGAACCGGGUAGUCCGUGCAUCGACGACCACGCGGCGCGUGCGACUAUUCGCGUUCUCAGCCACCCAGAGAGGCCUUUCCUCUUGUCACUAGUUUUGUUGGCUUGUGUUAAUGUUGAACUCUCAGUUUUCCCCCUCCCGUGAAAAGCCCUUUAGCUUCCUGGUAAGGGGGAAGUAGAGGAGGAGGUUAAUAACCCUUGAGUGAGGGGCGAAGAUGGAGAGCGGUGCCCAGGCCUCAGACUGUGACAGUGAUGAAACAGUGAUUGAGGGGUCAGUGACGGAGAACGAACUGGAAGAUGAGGAGCUGCCCUGGAGAAGGUUGGUCUUGAAUCAAGACACAUCUUUGAAAUCUGAGUUCUGUUUUCAUUCUGGUGUAAAUGGAAUGUGGAAAGAAAUGCCUUCCCCUGUGAUUCAACUUGGGCUCAAAUUCAGAAAGGACUCAGAAGAACAAAAGAAUAAAAAUGAGGAGAUGCCCACUCUUAGUGAGGACCGAGUAUUACAGGAUUUUCAAGAUGAAGCAACACAAAAUCAAGUUUUGUUACAAACUAGAAAAGAAUCCCCAGCAUUCUCUGUGUUGUUUCCUCACCCUGAAGUUUCAUGGAGCCACAGAAAGACUGGAGGUCCUGAAGUUGAAAACUGUGAAAAUUUGCCACACCCAGAAAAGGAACUAAGUAAAAACACAGAUUUCCCUGAAAUUAGUCUUCUCUCAGGUACUUCACUUAUGACAUCUGAUUUGGUUACACUAAAGGAGAAAUCAUUAGAGCCAGUGAAGACCUUAGCUGUACCAAGUACAUUUUCUGAUACUGGAAAGGAAGUAUCACUGAUCAUGACAUCUAAGGAAACCAAAGAUGAAGAAAGCUCUCUUGAAACAUUUGUGUCUGCUCUAGAAAGGUUACUAGAAUCACCAGAUGGCACCCAAGAAGAAACACUUGAAAUAGUGAAUGACUUCAAUCUUCAAGAGUUAACGAACCCAUUGAGCAGCUCCUUGAGUUCUGUAUCAGUCCCUUUGAAUGCCUUGCCAACAUGUUAUAGAGAUGCACUAGAAAACAAGAAGGACCAUGAUGCAUUACCUGCUGAGUUGCUGGGAGCCAUCAAUGCAUUACCAGGUGCUGAUGUAGGACCUGGACUUGUAGGACCCAUCUGUCAAGGACAAGAGAAAAACAGCAGUGUUAGUGAUGGAAAUGGAUGUUUAGAAGUACAGCCUACCAUGUCUCACAUAGAUGAAGACUGCACACAAAUAGCACAGACUAUAGAAGACCCAAAACCAUUUAGGUUACAAAUAAUGACUCAUGAAAAUGGCACCUCUUAUGAGCAACUAAACAAUGAGGGAAAUUCAGAACCCGUGGAAAAUACUUCUGUCCAGGAAACACCGCAUGUACUGAGAAGAUCAGCUAGACUGCAAAAACUGAAAGCAAGCAGAGCUGUGACACACACAGAUGUCACGCUGAAGAUACCUGAAGAGACUUUAUCAAAAUUAUUUAGUUAUGAGGAUUCAAUAUGUAGCAUACAUGCAACAGAGAACUUCAGAAUGCAGGAUUCUGUUUUAAUGACUGACAGUAAACGGAAGAAUAUUCAUUCAUCCAGAUUCAAGAGUGAACAGAUACAGAAAAAUGAACAACUUAAAAUAAAGGAUGGAAAAAGGAAGAUGAAUGAAAUGUAUCUUUGUAGUAUAAACCGGCGAAACAUUUUUGGAGAGAAUUUACUGUAUAAAGCUGCUCUCCAUAAUGAUAUUGAUCUGAUUCGCUGUUGCAUAAAAAAUGGUGGAAAUGUCAAUCAGCCAAGUUAUGCUGGUUGGACAGCACUUCAUGAAGCUAGUGUAGGAGGAUAUUACCAGACAGUAAGUGAACUAUUAAAGGGUGGAGCGGAUGUGAAUGUUAAAGGAAAGUACCAGAUUACUCCCCUACAUGAUGCUGUGAUGAAUGGACAUUAUAAGGUGGCAGAGUUACUUCUCUUGAAUGGAGCUGACCCAUUAUUUGUAAGUGACCAUGGAAUAUGUGCUUUGGAUGAGGCCCAGGAUUCCUUUAUGGAGAAUCUCCUUAGGAAAUUCAUUCCCAAACAUAAAAAAUGUCACCUAUCAGAUCAAAGGAGGAGCACUGACGCAGCAAAUGCAGAAGAUAUAUUCCAGUACAAGAAACCAAAGUUAAGUUCUGAUAGUCACACUGAGUUUAUCUGUGAUGAAAAUUCUAAUAGACAGGAACCAGGACAUGUAGAAACCAAUAAAGAAAGCAACAAUUUACUUGUAAAUAAAGAAUAUGUAUAUGAACUUUGCCAGAAAAAUUCCAAUACCAAAGAAUUUGGCAAGUCCAAGCCUAGGCAAUCAGCUAUUAACCAAACAGACUCUACAGAUCUCAGAACGAACAGUGCCCACAGUUUGAAAGACAGCAGAACCGAUGUGUCUAAAAGUAAAGCACCAAGAAAUGCACAACAUAAAAAAACUCAAGUAGAUGAUAAAGACUACAAUUUAAGUCAGGGAACAGCUGUUUCUUCUUUCAGCAGAAUGAAUACAUUAGUUACUCUGCAGCAGCAUACUGUCCAAACCCUUGAUGACAUUCCAAAAGAGUCAUGUGAACUUUCUGUCUCAAUUCCAGCAAGCUUAAACAAUGGUUCAGGUAACAGCAAUGAGGCUUGUUUUGUUUCCAAAAAAUCGAAUACCCACAUUCUAGAUUUAUCAGAUAGUCAAGAAAUGCAGUUCUUGGAAUUAGGAUCCAUUGAUCAAACUAAAGCUGCUUCCUUCUCUGAACGUCCAUUAUGUAAAGAAAUAAAAUUACCACAUGUAACUGCAGAUCAACAACCUCACACUAACCAAGAGCAGCAUAGUAGCCCAUGUAAUCCCCCUGAAAACAAGAGCUCGGAUGAAAAAGGCAAGAACUUUAAUAAGUGGGAAGAUUCCUUCCUCUCCUUCAUAAAAGAAGGCUUUGCUGACAGUGAUAGUGAUUGUCACACCUCUGUCAAGUCUGUGGCAUCUCAGAAAGAGUGCAUGGGCCACUGCCAUAAUGAGGCAAGCACAGCAGAGGGAGAAGAAAUGGACUCUCUACAGGUUUCAUCUUCUGAAAACUAUUUUUCACAGGAAAACGAGCUAAAAGCAGGUAGCCUAACUACAUGUCCACAAAAGGAAGCUGUUAAUUAUUGUGAUUCAAAGAAAACAUCAAUUUAUGAACAGCAUAUUCCGAAUUAUGAGCAGUAUAUACAUGGGAUUGCUUUUGAUCACUCAUGUGCCAAUAGUGAGGACUAUUUGAUGCCUUGUACAGGACCACCUUCAACACAUGAAGUUACACAGGUGACUGGUCAAGUGGAACUAUUAAAAGCUUUCCAGAAUAAUGCCCACAGAGAGCCAACUCCUUUAGUAAAUAAAGCUGAUACAUAUAAUGUGGAAAAGAAGCAAGACACUGAGAAGAAUUAUGUUGUAAAAGAUCAAAACCCAAGUUCUUCAAAUAGUCCUUUACAUACAGUUGUUCAUUCUCAAGUAAUAGAAAUAACUACAGCUGAAAAAAGGACACAAGACCUUCCAGGGAACAAGCCCGUGGACAAUACCCAUUUUCAUUCCAUUGACAAUGUAAAUAAAGAAUUGGCCAACUCAUCACAACUUAAUCAAGGAGAGGAGAAGGAAAUUGCUCACAAGUCAGAUGAGGAGUUAACUGAUAAUACCAGUACAGCUGAAAGAACUGUAAGAAAUUGCAAGGAGAAAGGGGAGACUGUGGAUUCAGAAACUCACAUGCCUGGUGAUACCCAAGAACACAGACAAGACCAGAAUUUCAGGAAAAGAAAAGGUUCUUUGGAAGCUCCUUGCAGCCAAGUUACAGAUGCCAGCACAGAUGGAAUCAAGAAGAGGAAUGCCAAAGGAGAGAGCCAGCUCCACUUGGCUUCCAGAGAAGGAAAUCUGUCCCUAGUGAAAGUUCUAAUAGAGUCUGGAGCAGAUGUGAAUCUAAAAGAUAAUGCAGGUUGGACAGCCCUUCAUGAGGCGUCUAGUGAGGGCUUUAGUGAUGUAAUUAGAGAGUUAUUAGAGGCUGGUGCACAUGUGAACUGUGAAAGCAUGGAUGGAACGCUGCCUUUACAUGCUGCUGCUGCGGGGAAUCGUUUAAAGGCAGCGGAGAUACUCCUAGAGCGUGGAGCAAACCCUAAUCAGAAAAAUCAGAAACAGAGGACUGCUUUGGAGGAAGCAGAUGAUGAAAAAAUGAAAGAACUACUAAAAUCUUAUGGUGCUGUUGAGACCAGUAAUGGAAAUGAGAUUAGCUCUGCAGUGACUGUAAAACAUCCUGCUGUCCGAACAAAAAGAUACAAGUCAUGUUCUUGCGAUGAUGAAAAAACAAUUGAUCCUCCUUCCCCUUUACAUAAAGUGAAGAGAAGUGAAAGUCUUCCUGCACAUCAGACCGUCAGUGCUAUUCUACAAGAUAUAGAAGAAAAACAAGAAAACUUACUAAAAUUUGAAAUAAGAAACUCUGAAGAUGCAGAACAAUAUAUUGGAAGGAUGUUAGAGAUAAAAGAAGUUAUGGAUAAUAUACUUGCUCAACAGAAGACAGAAAGGGAUGAUCUAGCUAAAAAAUACAGGGUAUCUGUGGAGUCGUUCAAGCAUGGGGCCCUGAGAGAGCAGCUGGCUAACUUGGCCACAAGACAAAAGAGUCUUUUAGUUGUGGCAAAGAAACAGAAAAAGAUAAGACUAAAAAUUCAAAACUACAAGAAUGCCAAACCAUUUUCUGGUAUUAGUUUAAGGAAGCUUCCAUCUAGCUCAGACAUUUCUAGUAAGAAGAGCCAAGAGUCUCCUGGUGUGGAAAAGCCAGCACACCCCCAGUCAGGCUCACUUUCUCCUGUCUGUCUUGCUUCUAUUUCUCCUGUCAGUAGAAGCACUGUGGAAAUACAGAAGGACAGCCAGAAUAGUAACAUUUGUUUAGAUGCAGAGGCGAUGGAAAGAGGAGGAUUUUCUGGAAAUGAGAUGAAUUCUAAAGAAAAUGUCCAGGGUUGUACCUUGGAUGGAUUAUUGAGUUCCAGAUACUCAGUUGGCACUGAGAAAAUUAAAAUAUCAUCCAAGCCUGUUGCUUUUAUUCCUCAAGGAGGAAAUUCACAAGAAGAAAGCAGUUUUACAGAAACUAUAGUCAGAGGCUACAGUCUUGAUAGUUCUCCUGCAGUGACUGGCACUGUAAAUAUUUCAGAAGAUAAAAGGGUAUUUUCUCAAAAUGAUGCCUGUCUACCAACUGUUCGUCAGAAUCAGGACCUUUCCCGUUGUUAUCCAAAAAGAUCAAACAAGAAAACAGCUUCCCAGACACCAUCUGGGGGAGCAUCAGAACCACUGGCUCGUCAAGUGACUACUGUCUUAGACACUGAUACUGUGCAGCAGACAAAGCCAUGUCCUAAAAAAACAGCUUCUGUUAAUGCACAUGAAAACAGCCUUCAGAUCUCUCCUUCCUCUGGGUCUGCCAAUCAACAUUCAAUUAAAACACCUUCACGCCACAGCACAACUGCUAAAAAGAAAAAUAUGCGGCUGAAAGAUUUGAUAUUGCUUGGAAGAAUUAAUCCAGGAAAUAACAUUCUGGAAUUCAAAACACAGGAGACUACCCACAAGGCCAGUGUUUUAUUGAGUGGUAAACUUAAGGUAGAAAAUGGGCAAAUUUACCAGAACCCAGUUUCCUGGCUCAAGGAUCUUCUGGGAGGUGGCAAUUAUGUGACCUGGAAUUAUGCUUGGAGUAAGGUAACAUAUCUUGGAAAGGAGCUUCUAAAGUAUGUUUCUGAAGUGCCUGUUUCACCAGAACCCCAUAACACACCUCAGCAACAGCAGCCUUGUCCCCCAGGCACUCCCAGGAAGUCAAUGCAAAGUAUCCCUCAUUAUCUACAGAUAAAGGAAAUACUUUUAAUCAGCGAUCAAGAGCUUCUGCCAUGCCAUGUAAUGGAACAUCACUGGAAAUUCUAUGUGAACUGUAAGAAGCUACCAUUCUGAAGCCUUGUUUUCCUGAUAACUCAUUGAGUAUUGUUUUUAUAAUCAACAGCCAUUUGUCUCCAUCUUGUGAGGUGGGCCUAUCUUAACCUGCCCUGUGAAUUACUAGUGGAGAUGUGUAUUUACUGUGAUACGAAAGCUGUCACACAAGUUUAGUGCUCUUUUGCCAAUGAAAUAAAGGCGUUUCUGAGUAA